GCAUGGACCUCAUACAUGGAAGGCCAGACCCUUUUAGAGCAUUUCCACACUGGUGUAGUUGCACCCGGAGGCAAGCUGUGCUGUUUUAACUAUUGGAAAGAACAUGUGGCUGAGUCUGCACAGCUCUUCUGUGUAUACAUAGAUACCGAGUGUAUUUUGGAGCCUCUGUCUCUGCCAGAAAGUCCAGGUGGUGUUGAUGCAGUAGAAAGUUCCCCCUAUGUGCCUUGUAUUUUCUGCAAAGAAUGCUAUGUCUUAGCAGAACAAAACCAGCUUCUGAAGCACAUGAUUAUUGAACACAAGCUCGUCAUAGCAGAUGUGAAACUGGUUGCAGAUUUUAGAAGUUACAUAUUGUACUGGAAGAGGAGGUUUGCAGAACAGCCUAUCACAGACUUUUGUAGUGUGAUAAGAACAAAUUCAAAAGCUCCAUUAGAGGAACAGGACAAUUAUUUUCUUUUAUGUGAUGUUUUACCAGAAGACAGAUUACUUAGAGAAGAGCUUCAGCAAAAGAGACUGAGAGAAAUUCUAGAACAGCAACAACAAGAGAGAUAUGACACAAGUUUUCAUAGUAUGUGUAUGUUCUGUGAUCAAGAAUUCACAGGAAACAGAUCUGUUCUUCUCAAUCAUAUGGCAAGAGAGCAUGCCUUUAACAUUGGGCUGCCAGAUAACAUUGUGAACUGCUAUGAGUUUUUGGCUGUAUUACAGGGGAAGCUUGACAACUUGCAGUGUUUAUACUGUGAAAAAGUCUUCAGAGACAAAAACACACUUAAAGAUCACAUGAGAAAGAAGCAGCAUCGCAGAAUCAAUGCCAAAAAUAAAGAAUAUGACAAAUUUUAUAUCAUUAAUUAUUUGGAAUUUGGAAAGUCCUGGGAGGAAGUGCAGUCAGAGGAUGACCGGGAAUUACUAGAUAACCUGGAAGAAGAUUGGUCUGACUGGGAAGAGCAUCCUGUAUGUGCAGUUUGCCUGUUUUGUGAACAACAAGCAGACACCACAGAAAAACUGUAUCUUCACAUGCAGAAAUCACAUGGAUUUUACUUUCCUAAAAUAAAGUCAGAGCAUGGUCUGAACUUCUAUCAGCAAGUAAAGCUAGUGAAUUUCAUCAGAAGAGAAAUCCAUCACUGUCGUUGUUACAACUGCCAGGAGAAAUUUGAAUCCAAAGGAGGAUUGAUAAGUCACAUGGAAGAGACCAAACACAUUGCAUUCCUGCCAGCCAGGUCUACAUGGGAUCAACCACAGUAUUAUUUUCCUACCUAUGAAAAUGAUACACUCCUGUGUACACUGUCAGACAGUGAAGAUGCACAAACUGAGGAUCAAAGUGAAGAAGUGCCUGUUGUAAGCGAAGAUAUAUCCAGUCUAAAAGCUCUCAAACAGAGCAGUGUUUUAAACCAGCUUCUGUGUAAAGAGAACAAGAGUUAGAAGGAAUUCUGACCUGGAAGUACAGUGGCUAACAUUUAAUGCUUUUUCUGCAAGACAAAAUAAAUAAAUAUUUAAAUACUAUUGGAAGGUUGAACUCACAAAUGUUAUUAUCACUGGACAAAUAUU